UAUUUAGCGUCAGUAAUUAUUCGAGUUCUUUAUCUAAAAUAUAAUUGUUCUGUCGAGUAUAAUUCAAUUAAAAAUUUUUAAUUUUUGUAAUUUUGAAAUAUGAAAUUUAAAGUAUUCUUCUCUUUCAUGGUAGUCAUGACACUCUUCAGCCAGGAAAUAUUUGCUGGAGGAGAUAGAUCUAAAACAAAUUCUCUUUUCAACUCGGUAUGGGGUGUUAAGAAUCCGGCUGACAAAAGUGGUAGUAGCGAAAAUGAGCGUGACAAUAAUGAUUCCCUAUUCCACCAAGUAUGGGAAAUUAAAGAAGAUACGAGCGAUAGUACCAUUCUGAUGGAUUCUUCGGAAGAUGAGGUUUGUUCGGAAGAUGAGAAGGAAGUAGCCGGUCAAGAAGACGAUAUUAAUGAUACGGCCGCCAAACAUUACGAUGCUAAAGAAGACGAAGAAAAAGGAGAGCAAGUAAACGAGAUAAACACUGGGAGAGAAGUCAAUAAAUCUCAAGCUAUAAAUGAUGCAGGAAAUACAUCUACAACAAAAUCUAAGCCAAGCAUGUAAAACAAAAUACCGGUUGAUCUAAUGGAUGAAUUUAACAUUGCUGAACCGUUAUUCAUAAUCACUAUGCAGUUUUGAAAACAAUAGUAUUAUUCUACAGUGGUUAAUUUUAUAAUAGUAACAUUUUUGUACAAUAGGUAUAUUUUCUUAAGAGUUAUUUUAUUGCAUUGUUUGUUAUCUGAGUUAUUAUCUAUUUACUGUUACACAUAAUAUUUAUGUUAUAAAACAAAUUUAAUUUAUUAAUUGUCAAAAUUCAAACAUUUUUCUUAUUUAAUAAAAUACCUAAGUGAUUAAAUUGUAUGUACGUACAACAUUAUAGAUUAUUGUUUUUGACUAAAAUAACAAAACAUAUUGAUGCAUA